AUGCCAGUCGUAAUAAACAGCGGCUGCUCCGUCCCGGACUUGACCGAACCCGACGAGGCUCGGAACGAGACCGCGGAUCUGGCACAAGCCCCUACCGUCAUCCCACCCUCUCCCACCCUACGUGCAGCCUCCUACACGCCUGAUCUGCCACCCAUCGAAGCAGACGACGACGACGGCGACUUCUUCCGAGACGACGACGCGGAAGCGUUCGAGGCGCUCCAUGUCGCCAGCCGCCAUGGCGCGCCGUCCGCUGCCGAUGAGACGCCAAGCCCUGCCGUCGCCUCCCACAUAGACCGCGCGCACAUGUCUACCCCGUUUAUAGAACCCGACGUCGACAGCGAUGGCAUCGACGCUGAUGAGGGCUUCUUUGAGGAUCCCUCCUUCUUCGUUGCCGAGAAGGAUACGAUCCCCAGCAGCCCCACCGUGGAUAGUCCUACCGCAGCGGAAUAUACCAUCCCCCUACUACGGUACAGGAGGGCCUCGAACGCGGCCGCUCAGUCGGCCUUGCCGUCCGUCUACAACGCGCCUCGUAUGCGCGCCGUCGUCCAGAUGUGA